GAAACGGCAAUGAAAGACGAGUUAUCGUUUCGUACAAGGAAGGUUACAUCGAUAACGCGCUGCUAAGCGACCAUUUAGCGGCAGCAAACGUCACGGUAAAAGGCAACAUGACGAGGAUCACGCUCGAGCUGAUACGAAAACGCUCGGAGCACAACGAAGGAGAGAUAUCCACGUUGGAGGAGAUAGCUUUGCAUCAAGAGAACAUCGAGAAAAUCGAACUGAUCGAUAAAACGUGCAGACAUUUAAAGAUCCUGCUGCUGCAGAACAAUCUCGUGUCGAGGAUCGAGAAUCUGAGCAGGUUGAAGGAGUUGGAGUAUCUGAAUCUAGCGUUGAAUAAUAUAGAAGCGAUCGAGAAUUUGGAGGGUUUGGAGAGUCUGAAGAAGCUGGAUUUGACCGUGAAUUUCAUCGGCGAUCUACGAGGGAUCAAGAGAUUAAGGUGCAACGAACGAUUGGAACAGCUGUUUCUGAUGGGAAAUCCGUGCGCGGAUUACGAUGGUUACAGAGAAUACGCAAUCGCCGCGCUAUCGCAGCUGAAGGAGUUGGACGGAGUACCCAUCGAACGGUCCGAACGCAUCAAAGCUUUGCAAGUUUACGCUCGUCUCGAAGGAGAGAUCGCGGAGAGCUACGCGAGAUACGAAAAAGCGAGGAGAGCGGAAAUACUCGGUUAUCAAGAGAGGAUCGCUUCGCUGCCGGUUUGAAUAUACGAAUUUUCUUAGAGUUUACAGAUCUCGCGUUUCUACGACGUUUGCUCGAGUUACGGGUUCUCGCAGGAACUAAAAGAAAAGGAAGAAGAAGACGACGACGAAAGAUUCUGGAAACGAGCCAGUCGUCACACGCCGGAAGAACGCGUCGCAAUCGCCGAACGAUUAUCCAGGAAAGAGGAAUUGAAAAAUCGAGAAAGGAAUCGAGAGGAGCCGCGGAUUAGUAACGAGGCAAAGUUAUUCAGUCCCGAUGGCAAGCCGUACAAUGCUAAUCAGCCAAAAGUGUCGUUCAAGCUGAACGAUGAACAGUACGAGGAUCGCGUUGUGCUGGAGGUUGCCGUGUACAAGUACUUGGACACUUGCCACCUCGACGUGGACGUCCAACCCGAUUACGUGCGCGUGACGAUCAAGGGAAAGGUGCUGCAGCUGACUCUCCCUUGCGAGGUGUCGGUGGACGACAGCACGGCCAAGAGAAACACGACGAACGGUACAUUGGUGGUGACGAUGCCACGAUUAAAGCCGGUACCGAUCAUCGGCAAUAUACGCAAGAAAAACGAGGAACAUUCUCGUACGUUGGAACCGCGACGACCGACGACGACGACGACGAUGCGAGAGUAUCUAGAGAUCGGUCCGGCUUCGGACGAUCUAGAUUUUUCAAGGAUCUUAAUAAAAUCGAAGAAACCAAUCGUCGAUCGUAGAAGAGAAGAGGAACAGGAGGAGAAGUUGUUCGAAGAUUCAUCAGAGGUGCCCCCAUUAGAAUGAGAAAAUCCUGGGAAUCGAAAGGCUUCGUCAUCGCGUUCAAAGCGGU